GCGCAUGCGCCGGGUUGCGCGCGCGAUACAGUUUGCUAACGGCUCUGCGGACUGACGCGGAUCGGUGGCAGUGGGAUCGUUGAGCAGGCGGCGGGGUGACCAUGAAGCGCCACCGUGCAUCUUCUGGUAAAAGGGGAGAGACCGCCGAUGGGGGGAGAGUGAAAAGACCCACCAAGUCACACAACCAGCAAGGACCUACCAGCCAAAAAAGGGGAACGGUGGGCAAAGGAGAUAAACGUGCUCAGAAAAGAAAGCUUGUCACUCAGGCAGUCAGAAGGGAAGAUGAGGAACAUGAGGAUUCUUCCUCUGCAGGAGAAAAAGGUCAUUCAAAAAAGGUGAAGCUAUCCAGUGCUAAGGUAGAAUCAUGGCAACCGCUCUCAGCGAGCAGCAGGAAGUUUCUGGAAAGUGUAAUGGACUCAGGAAUACUAUCUAUUUUGUGCCAACAAAGUAAGGGAAAAGAAGAUGUUCAGAAACACCUCAAUUUGCUGAAAGAAAGAGUGCUGAGAGUCUUCAAGACGUUAAAGGUACCCUCGGGGAAGCUGAGCAACCUGAACAAUGUCCUGAGCUUUCAAGUGGCACAGAAACAAAUGCUUGAGAUGAAUGAAACAGCUUUGGUGCAACUGCAGGAAGAAAUAAAUGAAGCUGAGAAAUCAGCAGAACGCACAGAAGAAACUAUACUGAGACUGCAGCACGACAUCCAGGUGCUCAAGAGCCAGUUAGAAGAAGAGGAAAAAAAGGCCAGGAAGCUGUGCCGGGAAGGUGACACUAAAGAACUCCACCUUCCAGAACUCCCCAAAUGCAGUUUACAGGCACCCACUUUGCAGAACAUAUAACUGUGUUUUAAAAACAGAAUGAAGCCCUAGAUAACAUGCCACUUAAAGGAAUAUCUGUCUUGUGUUUGGAACCCUGUGGUCCUAGUGAGCAUGUAAUCAUUUCGGAAGCAUAUCUAUGGAUGGAAGGAAGCCUCUCUCAUUCCACGCCUUUGAAUCUGUUUUGUUUUCAGCUGUAUCUAAAUACAGCUAGGCUGCAUGAAAGUGUGAUGGAGUGAAAUUCCUUUUGCACUCAACGUAAUGAGUUUUUUGUUGCCUAUUAUUCUUUCUUUUCAGGAAGAAAUUUUGAUGGUAAAAAAUCAGAAAGGUCUUUUAGAGGAUAUGAACACUAUUCAGCAGUCAGCUGAUAUGAGGAAUAUGUUGACCUUCAUUGAAAAGAUCUAUGAGAAGGUGGAUUUUGUUUGAGAAACUUAAACAUUUGGAGCCUUCUCUGAAACAAGACUUAUGCCAGCAUGCUCUGUGGUACAGUGGGACACUGGUCAUGGAAAUGGCACUUUGUUCUUAAUGGCUUUACUGUUGUGCUGCUGAAUAUAAUACAAGCUGUAAAUUUGUAUCUGCAUUUUAUUUUCUUGGACCUAUUAUGGAUUCUUCUAAUGCUGAAAUCUGUUGUUUUAGGAGAAGGGAGGGAGGAAGGUGGCACCUGUGUAUCCUUAGGUAAUUUUAUACAGAAAAGUAACCUGUUGUAUUUGGACUUUUUGUAUUUUAUCUGCAAAUUGUUGAAAGCAGUACCUCUUAAACUAACACUUAUUUUGGGAUUAAGUCCACUUUAAACCUGAAAUGCAGUACACAUAUGUUUAUCUCAUACUCGGUUGCAAGUCUCCUUAUCAACUUUCUAUUUAAAAGUAACCUAAAGAAGCCUCCAUGGCAGGAAAUUAAAAUUCCUGUUAAAUUGGUAGAAAUUAUUCAUUUUAUAUUUACAUUUUCAUAUCACUGCUUCUAAAAAUACACUUGUAUGUUGUAUAUGCUCAUGAUUGGAGAAAGCGGGUAAGAAAACUGUAAAGCAAAUUUCUAAAUUGCAAGCUGUGUGCUCACCUCAUUUCAUUCAUUGCCGGUUAUUUUCCAGCUUUAGAGAAAGAAAAUGAAGUCAAACAUCCAUUUUCACAUGCACUUUCCUCUCCUGUAUUUUUUUCCAGGGUAUCAAUAGGUUGAGCUAUUAAAUAGUGCUUUCUCUAGCCAAACUGUCAGCUGGAACAUAGUGCUCUUUACAUUGACUUACCACACACAUGCUUGUUCUGUUGCUUGCAAGCUACUGAUACUCUUAAUAAAACAUGAGAUAAUCAUCUCAUAAUUCCUUCUCCUAUGUUUAGGAGAAAGAAAACUGGAUUAUACUUACAAAUGUUUCUAAAUACCCAUUCAAACUUUGGAUCACUCUGCUGGGGGAGUUACUUACUGACAUAAUCGUACAUUGUUUUUAAGAUGCUGCAAAUUUUAAUGAGGGGACUCUCUCCUUCAUUUCCCUGAUAUGGGAGAGGGGUCUCACAAUAAUAAUAAAACUUGUAAAAGCUUUGCAAA